CAGGCGAGAAGAAGUUCCGUAAUCUUGGUGCCCUGGCUACCCUCCAUCCGCUUGAACUCUGCCCUCCUUUUUCACCACUCUAGCCUCGGCGGCACAGUCGCGCGCCCUCAAGGCGGAUCCACCAGCGUACAAGCAUAGCGACCAAGACGGAGAGACAGACGAUAUGGCAGACAAGUCAGAUCCACCAGCCAACCCCUUUUCUGAGGAACCCCUGAAAGAUCUGUGGAAUCAGGGGCUGGAGGCCAACAAUCGCACUGGCUUAUCCGCCAGAAGGUUAAGGAGGGUGAGAGACAGCUGCCCCCUCAGGAGACUGCCCAUCUCCAUUUCAGAAUACUCUAUUGAUGAGGGUUGCCGCCUCUGCUGGAGAGGAAGGAUCUGGCUGCCCUUGUUUGAGCCAUUGCGGACCCACGUCAUCCAGGAUACACAUGAUCCCCCCCUAUCUGGUUACCGGCCGGUCUGGUUCCGGCCGUGCCAGGCCAUAUGACCACCCCGAAGCAAGCGAGGACAACCGGAACAGGGAGGGGAUCCCCAUCGCUGUCGCGCCCGGCUGCCUGGUUGACGACACCGCCGUGGCCUGAUCGUCACCUCCUGGCGAGUAGGCA